GAGCAAUAUUAUAUGCAAGAAUGCGUUUGUCUCGAAGGGUACUGUUGGAGCGCCUGAUCUGAUCCGCGUACAGUCAAGAAAUUUAGCCGAUCAUCCCACGGACCAAAAUGAAUAUAUGACUAAUGAGGUUGGCCAGGAAGGGGCAGAAGACACUCUUGUCGAAAUUGAAGACGACCUGUACGAUAACCCACAAGGAAAUGGUAACACUGCACAAGGAGAAUUAGCAGACCCUCUUUUCGAAAUUAUAGACGACAUGUAUGAAAACUCACAAGGAAAUAGAAACACGACAGAAGAACUUUUCCAAAGUGCGUACGACCGAGCUGGGUUAAGUGAAAAAUGCCACAUCGUUUUUCAUAGCUUUAGAGAAGAAGAUAUAAAUGAAAUAAUAAAUUCGGUGAAUGAUAAUUUAUACAAGAGGGAGAUGCUUGAGAGAUGGAUACUGCUACACGAAGAUGCAGCAGGAAAGGUGCACACUUUGAAGGAGCAUUUAUCGUAUUAUUUGAGAAAAUUAAAAAGUUUGUAUAACGUGGAUGAAAACAUUGCAGAGGAACAAAUGCAGAAGAGCAAUCAUACUAUUGACUCAACCAUCAGAAUCACGGAGGAGUAUCACAAUAAACUUUUUUUCUACUACGUCAUAAAGGAUAAUUUGCACGAGUCUAAUCACGAGCGUUUUAUAAAUAUAUGCAGAAACACGUUUACCUUAUUUAUAAAUGAGCUAGUUACUAUGGGGGAGGGUAAGCUAAAUAAAUGUGUACUCGAGUA